AUGGCAGUACAGGUGGUGCAGGCGGUUCAUCAGGAGUCGGAUGCUUUCCUAGUUUGUCCCAACCACGCUCUGAGUACAGAGAAGGAGGAGGUGAUGGGGCUGUGCAUAGGGGAGUUGAAUGAUGACCCAAGGAGUGACCCCAAAUUUACAUAUACUGGAACUGAAAUGCGCACAGUUGCUGAAAAGGUUGACACUGUCAGAAUUGUUCACAUUCAUUCUGUCAUCAUCUUGCGAAGUUCCAAUAAGAGGAAGGAUCAAGUGGAAAUUUCUCCAGAGCAGCUGUCUGCAGCCUCGACAGAGGCAGAAAGGUUGGCUGAACUAACUGGUCGCCCCAUGAGAGUUGUGGGCUGGUAUCAUUCCCAUCCCCAUAUAACUGUUUGGCCUUCACACGUCGAUGUUCGUACACAAGCCAUGUACCAGAUGAUGGAUCAGGGCUUUGUAGGACUUAUAUUUUCCUGUUUCAUAGAAGAUAAAAAUACAAAGACUGGACAGGAGCUCUACACUUGCUUUCAAUCUAUACAGGCCCAAAAGAGCUCAGAGUAUGAGAGAAUUGAAAUUCCAGUUCAUAUUGUGCCUCAUGUGGCCAUCAGGAAAGUGUGUCUGGAGUCGGCAGUUGAGCUGCCCAAGAUCCUGUGCCAGGAGGAGCGGGACGCGUACCGGCGGAUCCACAGCCUUACACAUCUGGACUCAGUAACCAAGAUCCAUAAUGGCUCAGUGUUUACCAAGAAUCUGUGCAGUCAGAUGUCAGCAGUCAGCGGGCCUCUACUACAGUGGUUGGAGGACAGACUGGAGCAAAACCAAUAGUAUUUGCAGGAGUUGCAACAAGAAAAGGAAGAGCUUAUGCAAGAACUUUCUUCUCUAGAAUAAAGCAGGAGACAAAAUGGGGAAGGAUGAAAAUAUGCAGGUAUAAAAUUAAGCUAAGUCAAUUUUGAAGAAGAAAAAUUUGGAGGACUCACAUUGCCUGACUUCAAGACUUACUAUAAAGCUACAGUAAUCAAGCCAGUGUAGUAUAUGCCCAGUUAAUUUUGACAAAGGUACAAAGGCAAUGCAACAGAGGAAGGAUAGUCUUUUCAACAAAUGAUGCUGGUGCACUUGGCAAAGAAAAUGAACUUUGACCAAAACUGCACACCUUCUACACAGAUUAACUG